AGUACUGUUCUCUCCAUUCUAUUUCACUCAUUUAUAAAUUAUCCUUCUAAAUUCUAUUUCCUCUCUGACCUGCACCUUCUGCACUGUGCAUUUGGAGCUCCUCCUUGUAAUCAGCUGAGUCUGCAGCUUAUCUCCACCCUCCCCCUGCUGCACCAUCUUAUUCUCUGCAGCCCAGAGAGGAGAAGGGGGGCAGGAAAGCGGUGGGCACCUGUGGAAACGAAGCAGAGAGCUGUCUAUCUCCUCCUUAUCCAGCAAAAAAACUUGUCUUUGCUACUGUUGCCUUCAAAAUAUCACUUUACAGAGAGAGCUCAGUUUUAACUGCAUUCUUUCCAUUCUUGAUACUCAAGGUGCUGGAAACACAUCUCUGCUAUGGAAGGCAGCCACCACAGACUUUCUGUUUAUUCUUACCAGGAGAGUUUAAAUUCGAUAUGCAAUGGGAAGCUUAAAAAGGACUGCCAUUCUCUGUCAAAGAGUGUCUCUACUCUGUCUGAUGGCCAAGGAGCUGAACAGAAGAAGCACAAUGUUCAUAAAAACCAUAACAGGUUGUUUUGCCAAUUUACAAGUGACAACAAUUUUCUAAAUUCACAGAGUGACAAGUGGUCAACUAUGCAAGUCACAGUUCCUGAUUUAUAUUUUGUUGAAGGCCACAGCAGUCAUCUUUCCAUAGAUCAUCCAGGGGACAAAAGUCAGCCACAAAAUCAUUAUAUAUCUGCUGCCUCUUCCCUAAAUCCAAGAGAACCAGACAGAAACAGCUUUUCUAAAAGUGAUAUGCUAGAAAAUAUCUCUUUGUUGGGUAUUUCAAAAAUGUCUAUGUCCAAAGCUCAGAGUUUUGACAGGUUUGAUACACAGGAGGUAGGCAUCCAAAAGAGUUAUUCAGAUUCCUUCUACAACAAUAAAGUACCAAUAUCAAGCUCUCCUAUGAUACACAAUAAAAACAAUGCCACAUACUUCACGCUUUAUUCUUCUACUGGUAUUUCUGAUGCAGCCCGUGAUUCUGGAAUAGUUGGUUCUUUGUCAAAUAUUCAAAACAACCUCACCGAAAUGAUGCGUUCAGUGAGAGAUCAAAAUAUUUCCCUAUACCAUUUGGGGAGCAGUAAUAUUAAGCAAAAUAUAUCACUAAAUUCUGUGCCUGGAACAUAUCAACAUAGAGCUUUGGAACCAAUGACUUCGACGAAUGGUUUUUUAAACAAUUCACUAAUCUGUAGCCAACCACAUUAUAAUAAUCCAGGCCUAAAAUCUUGUGAUAAUAUCUGUAACAUUAAACAUUUACAACUUUACAGUAGCUGCAAAUGUCAUUGUUGCAUAGCUCAUAAACAAGUUCUGAAGGAGGAUGACACUGUUGCUGCAUUUUGCCAUUCUCUGCCCAUACCAUCUGUGCAGUAUUCCCCUGGGCGAUUAGGCUCACUUGGAGAAUCAGUGCCAAGUCACACUCAUCCAGAAUUUUGUUCUCUGCCACCACCCACUAGUAACUUUGUUUUUCCUAAACUAGUGUCAUCGGUCAGUGAAUCAGGACUGGAUGCUAAAAAUCUAAUGAGGUGUGGCAAGCUGCUUUUUCCACAGUCAAUAAUGUCUAUAGGGGAAAUGCAGUUAAAUAGGCCAGACAGUAAUGAACUGUUGACUAAAUUAUCUGAAACAUCAUCAAUUAACCAGCAAACCACAUACUUAAGUAAAGAGAUGAAAGACACUUGGACUAUGACUUCUGAAAACCAAUUGUCUGGGGAAUACAGGCAUCCACGUCAUUGUAAAGACGCAGAGGUACAAACUAUUGUGAUAAUGGAAAACAAAUCUGUCUGUACUACUCCAUUUCUUCCAAAUGCAAGUCACACACAUUUAUUUCCUGAAGUAGGUUUAGCACUGCAGUGUCCCCGGUCCCCAGUAAGAGAAGUCCGUUGGGAUGAUGAGGGAAUGACAUGGGAGGUAUAUGGAGCUUCAAUGGAUCCUGAGGUUUUGGGGUUGGCCAUACAAAAACAUCUGGAUAUCCAAAUAGAACAGCACAUACAGCCUUCUGAGGAGUCCAGGGACACAAAAAUAAAUCCAUCAACUAAAGAGAAGAGGAGAUCAUUUAGAAAUUUGAUGCAUUCCUUAAGACAAUCCAGCUGUUGCUUGUGUACCAACUCUACAGCAGAAUAAACCUGGUAGAGCACUGUGGUCAUAAUUUGUAACUUCUGAUUCAGAGAUCCAGUCCCCAAGCAAUUUUAACCCAUUGAUUAGAGGAGGUGGACUCCUGAAAGAGGCAGCUUAGAAUCAUUUGAAGGAUCACAGAUUGGACAUCAUUGUUGGGUUUCCUUUUAACUUUCACAGGUUAAUGGAAAUUUAGUUGCACUAAGGUAUUAUUCCCAUCUUUGUAAAUAUUCCCAAAAUCUGAAUAAACUAUAUUGACAUUAGUUUAAGUCUUCAUAAAAGCAAAUAUGUUUACCUUUUUUUUAAGAUUCCUUUUUUUUAGCAUCUUAGAAACAACCUAUUGUAUUUAUAAAAUAAAAAUACAAGUUUCCAAUGCUCUGUUACAGUUCUGCACCACCAAGGUACUGAGACCACAGAUCUUGUUACAGUGCGGUGAAAAUAUUAAUAUAACUUUUAUUCAU